AUGGUUGUCCAACGUGGUCCCUCUUCUAGUCGUUUCAAACCAGCAGCAUCCGGCCACUCUGCUAAGAUCUCUACAACCACCUGCCAAUGGUGUGGCAAAGAACGGCACACUGCCAAGAAAUGUCAUAAACUUGGCAAACUAUUGAAGAAAGCUAAGGCUGAAGGUUUGAUUGAAGCAUUCGCUGCCACUUCCCUUGAUGAUUCUCCAGAUACUGAGUGGUACACAGACACGGGUGCAACUUCUCACAUGACUAAUGAUGCUGCUGCGCUUGAUGAAUCUGUUCCUUACACGG